AUGCAUUUCCAAAUCUCCGCAAGGCAUUUGCAAGCCCCUUCCCUGCACCUCCCCUUCCCUUCCCCUUCCCCUUCCCCUUCCCCCUUCUCCAAACCACCCCCCACGUUUCCUUCCAUACACCUUCCUCCACCACCCCAGGCUCGAGAUGCCACGUCACGCAUGAGUGCGUGUGUGGAGAAGGAGGGUGCGCAUACGUGCGUGCGGAAGCUGUUUCGAGACAUGCCGGACCUGUGCGGAUCAUUCUAUGCUUACUUCAUCCAUGUGUGUUGCGAGUCGGCAGCCACUUUCCAACCUUCCCCCUCCUCCUUUCUCCUCUCCCUCUCUCCCCUCCUGUUCUCCUUCCCCAUCCUCCCUCCCCUUUCACCCUUCUCCGACUUCCCUCUCCCCGACCCCACACCUAUCAUCCCCCCCCUCUCUCUCUUCCCCCCUCCCCUCUUCGUGACUGGUUCCUCUGAUUCCACCCACAGGCCUUCGACUGAUUCCACUCCUUCCACCCACAGGCCUUCUCUUUCUCCAGACUGGUUCCGCUCCUUCCACCCCCAGGCCUUCCUCUUCCUGCGAUUCGAGGACUACAUGGCCAACCCCCGCCCGCACAUCGCCCAAACCCUCGACUUCCUUGGCUUCCCCGCUGCUGACGUGGCGGAGGAGCAGUGGGCGGGGAUCGUCGACCUGGAGCGGGUGGAGCAGCGGCCGGAGGGCAUGGCGAGGGAGGAGCUGGAUGGGGUCACACGGGAUCACCUGGAGGCGUUCUUCGCACCUUUCAAUGCAGAUCUGGUGCGGUUGCUGCGUCAUGAGAAGUAUUCGUGGAAGAGAGGACAGAGGUUAUAG